AUGCCAACUUAUAGAGUGGCUCGAGUCGAGUGGGUAAGACUGGAUAUGAUUGAAUUGGAUGCUUUGACAUUUCUCUUUCGGUUCUUCAUGCAAGUUAACGUCAGUCAUUCAUUUAUAAACAAGGAAAGCCAAGAAAUUGUGGAGUUUUGGCAGUGCCCAGGUGAGCGACCAUACACAAGUUGGAUUGAUUCUGAUGGCGAUAUGGACAGUGAACAAUGGACAGUGGAUAUGAUUGAUGGCGAUAUGGACAGUGAGCAAUGGACAGUGGAUAUGACAGUUGAAGUAUAUACGGAGAAGAGCGAAGAGAGGCGAAGAGACUACGAGCUGGGCUGA